AUUUAAUCAGAAUAUGGUAGUACCGUAGUAGUAGUAGUGGAUUACAGUUUCUGCGAUUCGAAAUCCCUAAAUCUAGGAACCAUUCGAGAUCAUGUUAUCGAAUCAUCUCCAGAACGGGAUCGAAUCCGAUAACUUAAUCUGGUCUCGUGUCCCUGAAUCCGAUGAUACAUCCACCGACGGCGUUGGUCUACUCAACUCUCGCCGUGACGGUGGCGGAGGUGUCGAUAGUCUCGAUUACGAAGUCAUCGAGAAUUACGCUUACAGAGAAGAACUAGCUCAUCGUGGGAAGCUUUAUGUAGGUUACUACGUUGCUGUCAAAUGGUUCUUCUCUUUACUCAUCGGGAUCGGAACUGGAUUAGCUGCUGUGUUUAUCAAUCUCUCAGUUGAGAAUUUCGCUGGGUGGAAAUUUGCACUCACUUUUGCAAUCAUUCAGAAGUCUUAUUUCGCCGGGUUUAUAGUUUAUCUUCUCAUCAAUUUAGUUUUAGUGUUUUCUUCUGCGUAUAUCAUUACUCAAUUCGCUCCUGCUGCUGCUGGUUCUGGCAUUCCUGAGAUUAAGGGUUAUCUCAAUGGAAUUGAUAUUCCUGGCACCUUGCUAUUUAGAACGCUUAUUGGAAAGAUAUUUGGAAGCAUUGGUUCUGUUGGGGGUGGCUUAGCUUUAGGGAAAGAAGGUCCCCUUGUACAUACUGGUGCCUGCAUCGCCUCGUUGCUUGGUCAGGGUGGAUCGACGAAAUAUCAUUUGAAUUCUAGAUGGCCGCAACUUUUUAAGAGUGACAGAGAUCGUCGUGAUCUUGUCACUUGUGGAUGUGCAGCGGGAGUUGCUGCUGCUUUUAGAGCUCCAGUUGGAGGAGUGUUAUUUGCAUUAGAAGAGGUUACCUCAUGGUGGAGAAGUCAACUUAUGUGGCGUGUCUUUUUCACUUCUGCUAUUGUGGCGGUUGUGGUGCGUACUGCCAUGGGAUGGUGCAAGAGUGGAAUAUGUGGACACUUUGGUGGUGGUGGUUUCAUUAUAUGGGAUGUAUCAGAUGGUCAAGAUGACUAUUACUUCAAAGAGCUACUGCCAAUGGCUGUAAUUGGAGUAAUUGGAGGUCUACUCGGUGCAUUAUUUAACCAACUUACACUCUAUAUGACAUCUUGGCGUCGGAAUUCUUUGCACAAGAGAGGAAAUCGAGUGAAGAUAAUUGAAGCAUGCAUUAUCUCUUGUAUAACUUCAGCAAUCUCAUUUGGGCUUCCUCUCCUAAGAAAAUGCAGUCCAUGCCCUGAGUCAGUUGCUGAAUCUGGUAUUGAAUGCCCACGGCCUCCAGGAAUGUAUGGGAAUUACGUAAAUUUCUACUGCAAGACGGAUAAUGAAUAUAAUGAUCUCGCUACCAUUUUCUUCAAUACUCAGGAUGAUGCUAUAAGGAAUUUGUUCAGCGCAAAAACAAUGCGAGAGUUCAGUGCUCAGAGUCUACUAACUUUUUUGGCUAUGUUUUACACAUUAGCAGUGGUGACGUUUGGCACUGCUGUUCCCGCUGGUCAGUUUGUUCCUGGAAUAAUGAUAGGUUCAACUUAUGGGCGCCUUGUAGGCAUGUUUGUGGUCAGGUUUUACAAGAAGCUCAACAUUGAGGAGGGAACUUAUGCUUUGCUGGGAGCUGCUUCAUUUCUUGGAGGCUCAAUGCGGAUGACUGUGUCUUUAUGUGUUAUCAUGGUUGAAAUCACAAAUAACCUGAAACUUUUGCCUCUAAUAAUGCUGGUUCUUCUCAUCUCAAAGGCCGUCGGUGAUGCUUUCAAUGAAGGAUUGUAUGAAGUGCAAGCACGCCUGAAGGGCAUUCCGUUACUGGAAUCGAGACCCAAGUAUCAUAUGCGUCAAAUGGUAGCAAAGGAAGCAUGUCAAAGUCAGAAGGUAAUCUCUUUACCUCGAGUUAUCAGGGUUGCAGAUGUUGCUUCAAUUUUAGGCAGCAAUAAACACAAUGGAUUUCCGGUAAUCGACCACACGAGAAGUGGUGAAACACUUGUCAUUGGGUUAGUUCUUCGAAGUCACUUGCUUGUUCUACUUCAAUCUAAAGUCGAUUUCCAACAUAGUCCUUUGCCCUGUGAUCCAAGUGCCAGAAAUAUCAGGCACAGUUUUAGCGAGUUUGCUAAACCUGUUUCAUCGAAAGGGUUAUGCAUAGAAGAUAUACAUCUAACUUCAGAUGAUUUAGAGAUGUACAUAGAUCUUGCUCCAUUUUUGAAUCCCUCUCCAUACGUUGUUCCCGAAGACAUGUCUUUGACAAAGGUUUAUAACCUUUUCCGGCAACUUGGAUUGAGACAUCUCUUCGUCGUUCCCCGUCCUUCUCGUGUGAUAGGAUUAAUCACCAGAAAGGAUUUGCUAAUUGAGGAAAAUGGGGAAUCAUCAGCAGUGGAAGUCCAACAGUCAACUAGUGUAAGAGGUCGGUACAGUGAGACAACAACAACGCGGAUGGAUGCUACACGUCCGCUCCUAGACGAUCUUUUAGGCUAAUAAAACAGUCAAACAUAUACAAGGAGUUGAAUAACUCGGCAAUUCUUCAGUCCAUACUACAAAACGAAACGAGCUUUUUCCCCUGCUUAGCCCCAAAUCUGGUCUGAAGGGUAUAUGAGAUGGGAGGUCUCAUUGGCCGUUUACUAGAGAGUAGAAAGAUUAUUAAAUGUAGAGAGCUUCAUUGUUGUAAUUGUGUAAUCUUUGAAUAUUUUCUUGGUCAUUGUAAUAUUUGAUAUAUUACUACCUGAUUAAUUUAUACCGUGUCGGUAUAAAGAAAACCAGAAUUUAUACGACCGUGAGGGAAAAAGAUGAAUCAUAUUUACUUUCGUAUCCCAGAGUUGAAACUUUUAGAUGGGAAUAACUUUUAUGUUAUUCAACUUGAUAGAUAUGGAGAUUUUGGUUUUU